UCUCUUUCUCUCUCUCUCUCCCCCUCUUUAUCUCCAGAUUUCUCCACCCCUCUCUCUCUCUCGCUCUCUCUUUCUCUCUCUGUUUUUCUCCCCACCCCGCUCUCAUUCCAUCAGGUCCUCACAACACAUACACCGCAGCCUCCGAACGCCUCAUCUCCUCAGCCAGAGCGAGAGGAUCAGAGAGAGGGAGAGUAGAAGUGACAAGAGGAGCAACAUCAGCAUCACUGACAAGCAUCUCCCUCACUGGGGGAGAGAGGGGGACAGAAGGGAAAGUGGCAGGAGUGAGGAGAGAAGACAAGAGAGGGGGCAAAACAGUGAGGGAAAUAAGUUUUUAGUCGGAAGGAGGACAAGUGAGGGAGAGUUUGGAGUGAGAGAGCUUGGUAGGUGGCAGUGGGGGGAUUGGGCGCUCCAUUUUCCCUUUUCUUUUUUUGGCUGUGAGCGCUGUCUGCCUCCGCUCUUCUCCUUCUCCCCUCCUCCUCCACCUCCUCCUCCUCUUCUUCUUCCUCCUCUCUGCUCCUCUUCUCACCCCGACUCUCCUCUCCCAGCUCCCGCCGUGGGGUCUCAGCUCUCCGUCUCCCUCCCCCCCUCCCUUGCUCCCUACCUCCCGCGAGCCCUGCUGGGAGCCUCCGGGCUGCUGCGCCGCAGGGGGAUGUCUCGCAGGGAGUCUCCGCCGCCGCCCUCGCCACCUCCACCCCCGCAGCUGCUGGGAGUGCGGAGAGGAGAGGUGGAGUGCGAGGACCGUCCGGAGCGCGCCGAGCCGCUGUCCGACGCCGAGAGGGAGAUCAUCCAGGACACGUGGGGGCACGUCUACAAGAACUGCGAGGAUGUGGGGGUGUCUGUGCUCAUAAGGUUCUUUGUGAACUUCCCAUCAGCCAAACAGUACUUCAGCCAGUUCCAGGACAUGGAGGACCCAGAGGAGAUGGAGCGAAGCAGCCAGCUUCGGCACCAUGCCCGCAGGGUGAUGAACGCCAUCAAUACUGUGGUGGAGAACCUCCAUGACCCAGAUAAGGUGUCAUCAGUGCUGGCCCUGGUGGGGAAGGCCCAUGCUAUCAAACACAAAGUGGAGCCCAUGUACUUCAAGAUCCUGAGCGGCGUGAUGCUGGAGGUGUUGUCUGAAGAUUUCCCAGAAUUCUUCACGGCAGAGGUGCAGAUGGUGUGGACCAAACUGAUGGGGGCGGUGUACUGGCACGUUACAGGGGCCUACACAGAGGUGGGAUGGCUCCAGGUCUCCAGCUCAGCAGUGUGAAGAGUUAGGAGGAAGAGGGGGUAAAGGAGUUUCCAGUGGACUUAAUGAAAUGGAGAAAAAGGAAAAAUUAUGUGUUUGUGAUCAUGUAAAAUCUAAAAGGAGAGUGGGAAAAAAGCAAGGGGUUCUGCAAGGAUGGUUUCACAGACAUGGAUGAGAUUAACGUGGUAAUCCGUGUAACUCUGUACUUUAUGUUGGUGACAUUUUGGUGCUAAGCCUUUGUCGCUGUGGUGUUUCUGCAUCACACUUCCCAGAGAUCGCUUGGACACCAAACGAUGUAGCCAUUUUACUUUUUAAGUUUUAGCUCAUGUAAGUGGUGCUUUGGUGUGUGUUUAUAGCCACGGAGGUGAUCACUGCUAAUGCUAACUAUCCAGUUCUUCUUCUGUUUAUUGCAGACAAACUGCCACCAAAAAUAUAUAACACAUCACUUCCUCUGUAGCAUGGGAUCUUUCCCAUUAAAGAUCUACCAAGUGCUUAGACAUAUCCAAAAGCUUUAAUGAACUGGUAGAUUUUUUUUUUUUUUCUGGUCUGUUACAUUCAUAGACAAUUGACCCUCCACUAUGCCUCACCUGGCCUGUUGCUAGGCUUGUCAACCUUUCCAGUUUAGUGUGGCACGUAUACAGUUUACAGUGAUAACAGAAGUAGAUUUGUCAGUCAAAUUCUUAGUUAUAUUUGAAGCAAGCAGUUCCUUGACUACUUCAUUUUAUUUUUAGAAGAUUUUACCAUGUGUAAUGGAAACUGUAGCAGAUCAUCAGUUGUUGCAUGCUCGCUAAUUAUUUUUAGAUGCAAAUUAAAAAUUCUCAGAUUGACUUGAUUUAAAUCAAGGGCCUUGAAGCGUUCGUAACAAUUACAUCAUAUCAUGCUAAAGGACUAAGGCUGAAACUAAAUAUUCAAGAUCUAUGUAGAAGUAAUAAAAAGAAAUGAUUUUUGUACUGCAGGAUAGCUAAAAUACUGUGUUACAGUAAAAUAUUUCAAGGAAAAUGAAAUAGUAUUACAUCCCCUGUGACUGGCUCAGAUAUUGGUACUAUAAAGUUUAACUACAACUUGGUCCCCUCAAAAUAACAUAAUUAGCUGAUAAUAUGGUCCUUAGUCUAAACGCUAGGUUCCUACUGUAUGCAGUAAGUUAAUUAGCAGGCAUGCUAAUGUUUGCAGCUUGUAUUUCAGCAGAUAAACACACUGUUCAUCCAUUGUAAACUUAAGCUCUUGUAUUUUUGGUUUUGUAACAGCAAUGAAAGAUGUCAUUACAUGUGCAGAUAUUCAAAAUCUUGACAGGCUUGCCAUACCUAGUUACUUAAGGUAUGACUGGACAGUCGCUGUUCAGGGAGGAGUUUUAGUGAAUGGUCAGUUGGGAAUGUCAGAAACACACAUUUACACAAAAAUGUUGCGGAUUAUUACUUUAUGGAGUUCAUUUCUGUGGAAACCUGUGAGAAAAGCAUCUUCUGGCUAAGCCACACAUAUGAAUACACCUCAUGAUAUUUUGAAAGCGAGAUUAAGAAAUGUUUUGACAAGGAAUGAUUUUUAAGCUAUGAGAGGGGGGCAGUUAGUUGUUGAAGCCCCAGCUAUGGGACCAUGGAGCUGCUGACUGUUAAUAGAUUCUCUUUGUGUCCUACUACUAGUAUAUCCUCAUGUUUAGGGGACCUGAGCCCCUUUCUCUCUCUAUUGAUGCAUUGCGUGCUCUUAAUGUCUUGUUUAACUUUACUGAGGUGUUGUUUGUAUAAGUGUACAGUGGGCAAGUGUGCAUACUCUUCUGCCUUUGUUUACAACUCAUUGGCACAGUUGAUCUGUUGACGUGUUGAAGAGGGCUGUUUUUUCUUUGCUAAAAGUCUUGGACUAGCAACAACGCUUUAAGUUCUUUUUUUUCUUGCCUAUCACUUUCAUUACACAAACACACAUUGUGAAGAACUAUCAGCAGAUGGACACAGUCAGUCACCACAUAUGUACACAUUCACACACAGGCAUGCUAUAAGACCUCUCCUGUGCUAAUAUUUACAGGACUACUGUCAGUUAGUUUACCUCUUCAAAACCCCAUCACAGAGACAUGCUGCAUUAAAGGCUCCAUUAAGGGCUUUAGAAACUCACUGGAGGUCUGCGAAAAUCCAUGUCAGCUUUAGAAGCGCCAUAAGUCUGUUUCGUCUGUUUAGACUUCUGACCAAUGCAAUGCACGAAGUGACAUUUAAAUACAAAUACAUGAAAUGCAUAAUUUGAAUUGUACUGCCUACGCUCUAACACAGUGGAUGAUUUCUUCAAGAGGAAUGGUGCCAGAUUAAUGUCCUCAUAGUUUCUCCGUAAUCUGUCCCUCCUGUGCAUACCGUCAAACUUUCUUUACCUUACUUAACCUCAACUUCUUCUUGUCGCCGGUGCGUGCGCCAGUGUUUGCUAGUCCCCAUCUGCGACUCUCUCUCCAGUCAAUUCCCAAACAUAAGCAGCAAAUCUGUUUAGGAUGGACAUUUGAUCCAAUUUUCAGUUUGCAUCUGCUCGAGUGACGUCCUAUAUCUCCCAUCUGAACCCCCCUUGGCAUCGGCAUCUGGCAUUAAUGAGGAGGUAAUGAGUCUCCUCUCCUCCUCAUUUGGUCAUUCAUCUACUGUAACUUCCCAUUGCCUCUGUUAGGACCGCGCCACUGACAACAAAAACAAUUACGACUGGACAGAUGGCCUCGAAGCCACCCUGCCAUGGCAGCCAUUCACAACAAUUCUCGUUAAAAAAAUUCAUUCACUUGCAGGAAAAUGAAUUCAGUCCGAUUACAUUCAAGGAUAAGUAUCACUAAUAGACCACUGUUUUCCAAGUGCUCACCAUUUUACGCCACCCCCCACCAGUGUGUAAAUUGAUUGACUUUUAUCAACCAGGAAUAAUAUUGGGGAAACUACUGAAGAGAAAAAGGAGCAAAGUUAAAUUUGAUUGAGUUAUUAUCAAAAAUACGAACUGCAUGUUUACAGUUAGUUGGCUAAUUAGUUUCCGUUGCAAGUUAAAAUCUGCAAAAAACAGUCUUUGCAUAAGAAGGCACAAAGCUCUCCUGCUUGAGAGAAAGAUCGCCUCUUUUUCUUUUCCUCUCUGUCACACAUCUGUUCAUCUUGUACAAAUACCUCUGAUUCAUUGACCUUUUCACAGCAGAUAUUUUUACUUGUCGAGCACAGGUGGAACUAAUGACAUUAACGACGGCUCUGAUCCUGCAAUCACUGCAACGUAGCAAUUAAAGUGCUAUUAGAUACACCUGUGUGUCAAGUCAAAAUGUCCGCUGGUCUGUUCGACUUGAGCUUCUUUUCCUCUGGUCACAUGUGCUCCCUCUGUAACGGCUCUGUGCCCUCUGCCAGUUUGAGAGCCACUGCCUUAGACCAAACUCUUAAAUCAUCACUAAGUCUAUUUCCAUCUGCCUGGUUUUAUGCACAUUUUCAAUCUGUAGCUGAAGAGAAAAAACUAGAUUUGGGUGGAAAGGAAAGGAUUUAUUUAAAUGGUUCAGGCAUUUUGCUGACAGAUUUAUUCAGAAUAAUAUUAAUAUGCUUAAUAUCUCCAUGGUGUCAUUAUAAUUUAAUGCAUAUUGGUGUAUGGAAGUCAAGAACAGCUAUCACAUUUUAAAAAUCCCAUUAUCACAAGUUAAUGUCCUGUUAUCUUAUAGUCUCAGUGUAGCAGAGUUUUGUUUCCUUGAGAUAAUGAGAUAAUUAACCUGCUAUGUUAGGAUACGGUUAUCAUGAGAUAACAAGAUAACUUGUGAUGUGAUAGUUACAAUCGCAGCCACUCUCAGUUUCAAUAUCUGUAAAAAUAAAAUAAAAUAAAAUUUACACCCAACUCUUUGCAGACGUAUAUGGAAAGCUCCCAUUAAACAAGUUCCUUUUUAAGUUGAACUGGAGAGUCGUAAGUAAAAA